AGACUUGCGAAAUUCCGAGGGAAAAUGAUUGUAUGCAGUCAAUCUUGUUCCACACUCUUUGAUUGUUUCACUUAAUACAGUAUCAAUGGCCUCAUGGGUUUGUUUAUGUAAGUGCCAACCUGUGUAAAUAAUGAGGUUUUGUUGAGCGACUUAUCGCACUUUGAAGAAUGCCAAGUGCCCCUUUUGUGGGGAUGAGUAAUCUGGGCCAAAUUCUGGGCAAUCCAGUGAGUGAAGAGUUAAAAGCCGAGCUAAUUUGCCAAUAGUCAGUUGAAGCUAGCAUGGAGUGGAUAUUGAUUUUUGUCUUCAUUGUGAGCCAAAGCUUGAUUCCAUUUGCCGUCGGCCAAGUACCAAAAGGUGGCUAUUUCCCCUCAGUUCCCGAUUUACCACCCGAAGUAGACCCUGGGAUCUUUGUUGUCUUUAACAACGUGUCCCAUAUUGAAAAGGCCAUUCUGAAAGAUGAUAUUUUGGGCCACCCAUUAGAAGAGGAUGAUGGGAAAUUCGUUUUUGACGAAGAGUUGGACAUCUUUGAUGACCCUAACCAGAAUAAGGACGUGUUCGAGGGUGACCAUUUUGAGGGUGAUAUUUUUGGUGUGAGUGUAUCAUCCCUGGGGGAGUUUGCGGAUGAUGGCGACGAGUUGCUCGUUCGCAAUGCCGUGGUGAACAACUUCCAGAAGUGGCCUGAGGGAAGGAUCCCUUACGUGAUUUCAAGUUCCUUUUCCCAAAGGGACCGAACGGUCCUUUACCGGGCGAUGAAGGAGUUCGAAAAACACAGCUGCAUUAGAUGGGAGCCCAAGGAUCGCUUGAGGGACCAGGACUACAUCCAUAUUAUUCCAGAUUCAGGCUGUUACAGUCGAGUGGGUCGGGGAGGGAGCGGGGCCCAGAUCUUGUCUCUAGGUAAAGGAUGUGUGAACGUUGGAACCGCCAUCCAUGAGAUGCUUCAUGCCACCGGAUUUUGGCACGAACAAUCCCGACCUGAUCGCAACGAUUACGUGAAGGUGGUGUGGGCCAACAUCAAGACCGGAUAUGAGGACAACUUUGCGCGAUAUGAUCGGGGUGAGGUAUCCACAUUAGAGCUGGCGUACGACACGCAAAGCGUCAUGCAUUACAGCUCGAGGGCAUUCACUAAAAAUGGCCAGCAAACCCUUGUUCCCUUGAGCUCGGUCAACCAGGCCUCCAAGUUGGGCCAACGCAUCGGGUUUAGCCAUUUGGAUUUGAAGAAAUUGAACCGUUUGUACGACUGUCCCAAAACGGGUGGAAUUCUUCCCAAGGAAUGUAAGGAUUUUUACUCGAAAGGCCUCUGCUACUCUUGGUUCAAUCAGAACGGAUGUUUUGAGCACAAGGACUAUAUGGAAGCUAAAUGCCCGAAAACAUGCGGCUUUUGUCAUGUUGAUUGUGUGGAUAAAGAGGAAUCCUGCGCGGCCAUGGCUCUUUUUAAAGGCCAAUGUGACAUUGAUCCGGAGUACAUGCACAAGAAUUGCCCGAGAUCCUGUGGAAUCUGCCAUAAACUCUAUGAUAGAGGCCUUAUUCAUCCGGCGACCAACCUUGGAGGCGCUCAUGGUCCCUCGUGGGCAAUUCUUUUGACGGUUUUAGUGUCCAUGCUUUGUCUUCUGUAACUUUCUAAACUGAAAUCCAACGUGUAUUGUAAAGGAAAAUAUACCAAUCCGAAUCUUUA